AUGAAGCGGCGUCGUUUACAACCCAACUUGCUCACCUGCAAUACUCUGCUUUAUGCUCUGGUAAGGCACGCUUCGUGUGAUUCGAUUUCAUUGGCUAAAAGUGUGUUUAAGGAUGCCAUCAAGUUAGGGGUUAGUGUGAAUACAAAUACGUUUAAUAUUUUGAUAUAUGGCUACUGUUUGGAGCAUAAGUUUAGGGAUGCUGUAGAGUUGUUGAGUAGAAUGAGCGAGUUUGGAUGUUGGCCUGAUAAUGUGAGCUAUAAUACCAUAUUGGACUGGUUGUGUAAAAAGGGGCAGUUGGUUGAGGCGAGGGACUUGUUGUUGGACAUGAAGAAUCGAGGGUUGUUUCCGAAUAGGAACACGUAUAACAUUUUGGUUUGUGGGUAUUGUAAAAUGGGUUGGUUGAAGGAGGCAAUGCAGAUAAUUGAACUGAUGACACAGAACAAUUUGUUGCCGAAUAUAUGGACCUACAAUAUGUUGAUUAAAGCGUUGUGUAAGGAGGGUAGGAUUGAGGAGGCUGUUAGGCUUCGGGAUGAGAUGGGACAUUUGAAGUUGAUGCCGGAUGUUGUCACGUAUAACACAUUGAUUGAUGGAUAUUUUGAGUGGAGGAGCAGUUCAGAGGCACUUACAUUGAUUGAGGAGAUGCGUGAAAAGGGAGUGAAACCAAAUGUGGUUACUCACAAUAUAAUGAUGAAGUGGUUUUGUAAGGAAGGGAAGAUGGAUGAAGCAAGUGAUACUAGAAGGAAGAUGGAGGAAGAUGGGUUUGCUCCUAAUUGUGUCACCUAUAAUACUUUGAUUAAUGGGUAUUGCAAGGCAGGGAAAAUGGAAGAAGCAUUUAAAAUGAUGGAUGAGAUGGGUAGUAAAGGUUUGAAGACGGACAUUGUUACCCUCAAUACUGUUCUUCACACUCUUUGUAAUGAGAAGAAGCUUGAUGAGGCAUUUGAGUUGCUUCAUACCACAAUGAAGCGGGGUUAUAUUCUUGAUGAGAUUAGCUAUGGAACUCUGAUCAUGGGAUGCUUUAAGAACGAAAAGGCGGACAAGGCUUUGAAGCUUUGGGAUGAGAUGAAGGAGAAGCAGGUCAUUCCCAGCAUUGUCACCUAUAACUCUAUAAUUGGAGGGCUAUGCCAGUCUGGGAAAACUGAUCAAGCAUUAGAGAAGUUGAAUGAGCUUAUGGAGAGGGGUCUAGUCCCUGAUGAGUUUACAUACAACUCAAUACUUCAUGGCUACUGCUGCGAGGGGAAUGUUGAGAAAGCAUUUCAGUUCCACAACAAAACUGUUGAGAAAUCAUUCAAGCCAGAUGUAUUUACAUGUAAUAUUCUUCUUUCUGGGCUAUGUAGAGAGGGUAUGUUAGAAAAAGCCCUUAAGCUUUUUAACACAUGGAUUUCAAAAGGGAAAGACAUUGAUGCAGUUACUUACAACACAUUGAUAUCAAGCCUUUGCAAAGAAGGGAGGUUUGAAGAGGCUUUUGAUCUUCUUUCAGAUAUGGAAGCAAAGAAAUUAGCACCUGACCACUAUACAUAUGGUGCCAUUCUGGGUGCACUUACUGAUAUUGGUAGGAUUGAGGAAGCGGAAGAGUUUCUUUUGAAAUUGAUUGAAUCCAGAAAAUUACUUGAUCAGUCCUCAAAUUUGGUGCAAAAGGGAGUGACCAGUGAAUCUAAAGUUGAAUUUGAUUCAAGCACAGUAGCUUAUUCAGAACAGAUCAAUGAGUUGUGCUUUCAAGGUAAGUACAAGGAUGCAAUGCACAUUUUGGAAGAAUCCAUGCAGAAAGGCAUCACUUUAAAUAAAGAUGUUUAUAUUAAUUUGAUGAACGGAUUGAUUAAAGGCAAAGGAGUACAUAAAGGCUGUUAA